CUCUCUCUCUCGCUAAAUGCAGAAACCCGAAUCUCAGUCUCAGCCUCCGCCUUUCCACUCCUUCUCCCACCACCAUCAACGCCAUCAUCCACACCGACGACCACAUCGGAAGGAGACAGCUCGAGGAAGAAGAGAAAGCAAGCGUGUAACAGCGAUUUCUACGGCGUAAAUGAUUCGGUCUCUUCCAAUUUCGCGUCGGUCGCGCCGGUGACGCAGCAAGGUCUCGUGCCGGUGUGGGCCGUUGGCAGUGGCGGGAGGGUUCUUCUGCCGAACGCCAUCCCUGACAAAGAAUUUUUCAUGAUUCCUCCUGCCGUUGCUGCCAUUGCUGGACCUUCGAAUCAGCCACAGUUAUGGGCAAUUUCAGCCACAACGACCUCUCUCAGGCUUCAUUUGGAUACACGGAGAAAAGAAAGGAAAUGAUUAUAAAAAAAAAAAAAAAUAAAAAAAAAAAAAUGAAAUGAUAAUUAUAAUUUAUAUUUAUAUUAGAAUACAUAUGAAAGAAAAAAAAUGAAUUGAUAAUAUUGUUGUUUAAGUAACACAAAGGAGAGAAAAGAAAAAAAAAGAUAAUAAUGAAUUACCAUCUUACCCUUUUUGAUAAGGUUAGUAGGACAAAAUCAUUUCAGCCUCUCAUCGCCUCUAUCUCUGAUCCUCUCUCUCUCCAACUGCAUAUCGGCAUAUCAUUUUAAUUUGUUCCAAAAAUCAAAACCCAUAUAUUUCAAGCUUGCCCCCCUCUCUCUGCAACUGCUAACUUAUAUGUAUGGGUUUCAUCUGAUUUCAAGGUUUUUCUUGUAAUUUUUUUUUUUUUCUAUUGAAUGUUGAUAGAUACAUCUAAAAUUUCCGCUGAAGCUGACUUGAGCUCAUCGAUGAGAUCAUUCAUAGACACACACAUCAAAAUAACGAUAUAUAUAUAUAUAUAUAUGUUUGUGUUUGUAUAGAUGUAUAUACACUCUGCAACUGCUAACUUGUAUGUAUGGGUUUUAAUUUAAAUUUUUUUCUAAAAUCAACUAAUCAAGGUUUGUAAUUCUUGUUUUGCAACUUUCUCUCUCUUUGCAACUGCGCAACUCUCUCUUUCUCUCUCUCUCUCUCUGCAACUGCAUAUAUAUAUAUAUAUAUAUUAGCCUGCCCAAUAGCCUCCAUCUCCUUCUGAGUCUCCCUCUCUCCCUCUGCAACUGUAUAUCAAAACCUAUAUCCGCAUAUCAUUUCAGAUUGUUAAAAAAAUCAAAACCCAUAUCAAUCAAUUUCUAUUACCUGUUGUUCUAGUUUGGUCGCUGUCUCUCAACUCCCUUGCCCCUUCUGUAAUUUGCUCUAUUUUUUUUCAAAUCUUAUCAAUUUUGGAGGGAUUCCAAAUGAGGGAUUGUUAUCCCUCCAAAUCUCUCCAAAUCAUUUCUUUUUUUUCCUAUUCCUUCCAUUCAAACACACUCAUCUCUAUCCUUCCCUGUUUUUUUUUUCUCCAAAUCCCUCUAAAUUUCUCAAUCCAAAAGAAGCCUUAAUGUAUCCGCCUUUCCACUCCUUCUCCCACCACCAAGGCAAGUCAAUGUGUACUACAACGAGGCCAGUUGUGAGAGGCUCUUCCCACGCGCCGUCCUCAAGGACCUUGAACCGGGCAUAUAAAGACAGAGACCAUGGUUUGCUUUCACGGGUCUGUAAAUUUUUUUAUUUUUUUAUGUAGUUUGUUGUUUUGCUUUCACGGGCCUGUAAAUUUUUUAAUUUUAUGAUUUUCUUUUAAUGCCUAUUGUCAAUUUUCCAGUCUUAUUCAGACCAUAAAAAGGAAAGCAGAUUUUGUGGUGGGGUGGGUAUUUGCGAUUUCUUAGUUGGUUUUUGUUUUAUUGGUCUCUCUCUUGACAGUGAUUGUAGUUUGGGAGGUACGCAUCAGAUGAGUUGUUCAAAUUUUGUGUUUCAAGUAAAAACCAAUUGAUUUUAGGGUUCAAAAAGGGUUUCAAAUUUUAUAUCGUACCUUAACUUUUCUAGCGGAUGGUCUCGCCGUAGGACCUGUGGCCGAUCUCUCUGGCAGAGUGUGCCGAUGCGACGUCGUUGAGGAUGAUGGCGUUGAUGGUGGUGGGAGGGCAGAGGCUGAGAAUGAGAAUGGAGUCUUUUACAUUUAGAGAGAAAGAGAAGAGCGGGUUUAAACCGCAAAAAUGGGCAUGACCCAUCUUCAUAUUUGUUUUAGUAUUGGAUACGUGGCACAAUAAUAUGUUGCCACGUAUGCAGGGAGGAUGAAGUUCAUCCUCCCCCCGCAAUUUUGGAAGUAUUGUUCUGAGUCUUCUGACAUCUAUAGCUAUCUGAUGUGUGCGAGUGUGACUUCCAAGAUAAAUAAUGAUGAGAAGACUAGUAUGCCACCAAUUUAUAUAUAAAUCACAAAUUUAUCACUUCUAUUCUUUCUUUCUAUCAUGCCACCGAUUUAUAUACAAUGGUAAAAUGCAAGAAACUCUCUUUGUAUAAAAAUUAUGCACAAAAUACUCCUCAUGUUACAUGUUAAGUAUGAGUAUAUUUAUAUAAACAACCCUUCAAUAUUUGAAAAUUUUGUUGUGCAAAUUGUUUUCGAAAUAUUUCUUGACAAUCAAAUUUUGACAUAUUUUUGUUAUUAUUAUCAUAAAAUUUCAAAAUAUCAUUUUUGAUUUUCGAGAGGGAGAGUUUUUUUUUUUUUUUUUUUUUUUCGUCUUCGUCUUAAAUGCAUUUUAAGCAUUUUACUCUUUAAAUGUCCUUAGUUGCUCACUUUAAAAAAUUGCAGAUAUUUAUUCAUUUAUUAACAUCUAGCAUGUUGGAUGAGUAUCGAGCUAUAUAUACAUAUAGCGAGUUUAGAAAAUGUGAGUGGUGAAUUAGGAAGUCCUGAUGGAUGGGAAAAAAUACCUUCUGAAAUCUAGCGACGACUAUGCCUAUGACCUUAUUCAUGAACCCGGCAGUCCCGUAAGUAAGAAACGAAAAACUAGUGACGCCGGCGUCAUCCUUACUAACACUCCACCCCAAGGAGUGGAGGCAGGUCUUCAAAACCCUAGAUCUCGACUCGCUACUACUCCAAACGAGAAGGCUCUCAAACCUUUUCCAAACAAUGGCAAAGCUCCAGAUCAGAGAAAUAAUCAGGAAGGGCAAAGAUUCUCCAAGUGGCCUACAAUGAGGAGAAUUUUGAAUGAUUUUAAGAAGACUAUGGAACCCAGUCUUCGGACACUUCUAGAAGAACUCUCGAAAAAUGAUCUUGAUAUGGAACAUUGCCUUGAGAUAGCUGAUUCAGCAAAUGUCCUGUCCCUCUUCAGGUUUUCAAAUCCUCAGUUUGAAGAUUUUUUUAACAAGGCUGGCAAUGGAGAAAAGAAGUUGCGUGAAGGAUUGAUGCAGGUGAAAGAAGGUCACGAGCUCUUAAGAUCUGCCGUAAAGGGCAUGUUAAAGAGCUCCCUCUGAGUCUGAGUGAUCAAUUCUAGAUCAAGGCCUAUGUUAUGUUUCUUUUUCAUUUUGGUCUAUUUUCAAUUAAUGUUGUUGUACGUGCUGUGCUUGAUCUUUAAUUUGAAGUGUGUAUCCAAUUUGAGUUCA